AUGAUUUGUUUACAUCAAAAUGAUAAUGCAGGUGUUAUCAUCCUCCUACGUAUGGCAAAGCUAAAAACUUUGGGUGGUCAGCCUCAAGUGGGUAAUUGUUUGUUUGGGUCGAUAUUGCAUAUUAAUGAUGACAUGUCUCACCUUUUAGAAUUCAAAAAAGUUAUUGCUGAUAUGGGUUUGAAUGUUGAGUCUUCCAUUAGUACUACACAACUUAACACCUAUACUGUUGUUGCCAAGAAAGAGGAUUACUACCUCCGUUUUCCAAUCAAGAACAUUGAUGAUAUUCUAAAUUACAAUAAGGAAAUUAGUUUAUCCAUCAUUGCUACUGUCAUCGGUUUUGAUUUAGACGAAUGUUGGUAUUCUUUUUAUUGUCGUGAUUGUUCAAAUAAAGUAAGUACGAAUGAUGAUGAUAUUAAUGUCGAACCAUUUACUUGUGAUGGUUGUGGUGGAGUUUCUAUAUAA